GUUCAUGAACCACCCAGCUCCAGCAAACAGCCGCUACAAGCCCACUUGCUAUGAACAUGCUGCUAACUGUUACACACAUGCAUUCCUCAUUGUUCCCGCGAUUGUGGGCAGUGCCCUCCUCCACCGGCUCUCCGAUGAUCAAUGGGAGAAGAUAACGGCGUGGAUGUACGGCAUGGGGCUCUGCGCCCUCUUCAUCGUCUCCACAGUGUUUCAUAUCGUUUCUUGGAAAAAGAGUCACUUAAGGACAAUGGAGCAUUGCUUCCACAUGUGUGACAGAAUGAUGAUCUACGUCUUUAUUGCGGCAUCGUAUGCGCCAUGGUUAAAUCUACGUGAGCUGGGACCUCUGGCAUCCCACAUGCGUUGGUUUAUCUGGCUGAUGGCUGCUGGAGGAACCAUUUAUGUAUUUCUCUACCAUGAAAAGUAUAAGAUCGUUGAACUCUUUUUCUACUUAGCGAUGGGAUUUUCUCCUGCUCUGGUAGUGACAUCCAUGAGCAACACCGAUGGGCUUCAGGAGGUUGCCUGGGGGGGGCUGAUCUACUGCCUGGGCGUGGUGUUCUUCAAGAGCGAUGGAGUCAUUCCGUUUGCCCACGCCAUCUGGCACGUCUUCGUGGCCACAGCAGCUGCUGUUCACUACUACGCCAUUUGGAAGUACCUUUACAGAAGUCCUGCAGACAUCAUUCGUCACUUGUGAGAUAAAUUGAUAUAGAUGAUAUAAAAAAAAUCUGCACUUGGCCUCUGUAACAGUAUUAUUUGAUGUAAGGAAUUCGGGGAAAUUGGAAAAUGGCACAGGAAAACCGCACUGACUUUGGUAGUUCUCUGAACACAAUUACUGUGAACUGAUGAUGUUUGUGUCCUGCAAUUGCCCAUCACCUGGCAAGUGCUGUAAAUAACCGGGAUACUGUGCUGCAGUACCCAGAGUCCAUUCCACGUUAGCAGAACUGGCUACCUGAUGAUGUUUACAAAUAAAUUUUUGUAUCCUAGUUUUAAUUUUACAAUUUUUAACUGCGUCAGUUUUUCUAAAUCAGCGAUUCAAAUGGUGAAGUCAGUGCAAUAGCAAAAAGUGUAACUGUCUUGAUUUGAAAUUGGUUUCUAUCACCUUUCCACUAGCCAUUUGUUAAACAUGAAUCACAGACAAAUAACCUACUUUUACCGCCCAUUAUCUUGGUAUAAUGUGACUUUUAUAGAAACUUUUGGUGUUUUU